AUGGCUAGCCUUCGCAACCUUGCCCUCUUCCUGGGAGCUUUCCUCCCUGCUGCCCUCGCCGCGCCCACAAAGCGAGAUGACGCCGUCGUGCCUGGCAAGUACAUUGUCACCCUCAAGGCGGAUGCCGGUGUCGAGGUUGAAUCUCACUUGAACUGGGUUGCCGAUGUCCACCGUCGCAGCUUGUCCAAGCGUGACACUGCUGGUGUUGAGAACACUUUCAACAUCAGCACCUGGAACGCCUAUUCCGGCGAGUUCGACAAGGCGACUCUUGCUGAGAUCAAGGCCAGCCCUGACGUCGCCUUUGUUGAGCCAGACUACAUCAACUACCUCUUUGAUGCCGAGCCGGAGCUUGAUGAGCGUGCCCUGACCACUCAGUCUAGCUCCACCUGGGGCCUUGGUACGAUCUCUCACCGUACCUCGGGUUCAACCAGCUACAUCUACGACACCUCCGCUGGCGCUGGCUCUUAUGCCUACGUUGUCGACAGUGGUAUCAUCAUUUCCCACACUCAGUUCGGUGGCCGUGCCACUCUUGGAUUCAACGCCGCUGGCGGAGAGCACACCGAUACCCUGGGUCACGGAACUCACGUUGCUGGAACCAUCGGAGGCUCUACCUACGGAGUCGCUAAGCAGACCAACCUGAUCUCUGUCAAGGUUUUCAGUGGCCGAACGGCUUCCACUUCCACCAUCCUGUCUGGAUUCAACUGGGCUGUUGAUGAUAUUGUUUCCAAGGGACGCACGGGACGCUCUGUUAUCAACAUGUCGCUUGGCGGCCCCGCCCAGCAGACCUGGACUACCGCUAUCAACGCUGCUUACAACUCGGGUGUUCUGUCCGUUGUUGCUGCUGGCAAUGGCGAUGACUUUGGCAACCCUCUGCCCGUCUCCAGCCAGUCUCCUGCCAACGCCCCCAACGCCCUGACCGUUGGUGCUAUCGACUCCAGCUGGCGCCCUGCCUCAUUCACCAACUACGGAGCUGGUGUCGAUAUCAUGGCUCCUGGUGUUUCCAUCCUCUCCUCUUACAUCGGUGGUAACAGCGCUACCGCCAGCCUCAGCGGUACCUCCAUGGCUACCCCCCAUGUUGUUGGCCUCGCUCUGUACCUCCAGGUUCUUGAGGGCCUCACCACCCCUGCUGCCGUCACCAACCGCAUCAAGGCCCUUGGCACCACUGGCCGCAUUACUGGUACUCUGAGCGGCAGCCCCAACCUGGUUUCUUACAACGGCAACGCUUAA